AUGUCUGGAUCUAGCUACAAACGUCCCAAAUCAAGCUACCCCCAGUCGGCCUACAGCGGUUCUACAAACACCACUGGCCGACCGCGUGACACCCCUACCUACCAGGCACCUUACACCACAUACUUAAGCACGGCAGACCCGAUGGAGAGAUUUUGGGUCACUGGCCAGGGAUCACACAGGACACGCCAUGCGGCCGACGAACUUGCCAAGUUCAACCAGCAAUGGAGCUCUGCCAGGCGUUGA